CUCCAACCUCCCCAUCUCCGGCCAUCCACCACCCCCCUCCUCCCUCAUCUCCGGCCAUCCACCACCUCAUGUCAGAAUCCUCCGCUUCCUACAUCCGAAUGGUGCAGCACCUGAUAGAGAAGUGUCUGCUCCGCCGCAUGAACAAGGAGGAGUGCAUGGAGGCCCUCAACAAACAUGCUAACAUCAAACCAGUCAUCACUUCAACAGUAUGGGGAGAGCUGAAGAAAGAAAACAGGGAUUUUUUUGCGGCUUAUGAGAGGGAGAAGGAGGAGGAGCGGACGGCGGAGAUUGAAGCCGCGCAGAGGAAUGGGGAAGAGUCCGGCGGCGAGGAUUGAUUGCAUGGGAAUGGCAUGACUGCGUAAAUUUAAGUGGUAGGGGAGGGUAGGGAGGUAAAAUAGGAGGAGUUGUACGUACUGAGAGAGAUGGGAUUGUGCUUCUGUGUAAAAAGUUGGUGUUGGGUAUACUAUUAAAGUAUGGAUGUAACUAUUCCUUCGUAUUGUAUGGUCCCACUUCGUCUCCUGCUUUCUAGUGCUUUCCGUUGAAGUUGACAUGGCUUUUUGGCUUUCUCCUCUA